CCAGUACACAAAGUGAAACCUCACUGUUACCGUUGGCCUUUACCAUGAAGUCUCUUACACUGCUAUCGGCCUUCUUUGCUUCGGCACUGGCUGCCGUUAUCCACCCCCCGAAGGUGUCCUACGAUGGCUACAAGGUCUUUCGACUAGCCGUCGACAACGACAAUAUUGAUCGCAUCAACGGCGUUAUUGAUAAGCUGAACCUUCAGACGUGGAAGGCUGCUAAGAAAACAGGCUCCUUCACAGACAUCGUAGUCGAGCCCAGCCAGCUGGAAGCUUUCAAUAAAGAGACAUUCGGCUUGAAGACCAUUGUCAUGCACGAGAAUCUUGGUGCCUCCAUUGCAGACGAAGCUGCUUUCCAGCCCUAUGCUGUUGGCGCUGUCAACAGCACAUGGUUCACCUCAUACCAUGCCUAUGCAGACCACCUUCAGUUCCUCACAGACCUGCAUACGCAGUUCCCCAACACUUCGGAGAUUGUCACUUCUGGCUCCUCUCUGAACGGCAACCCCAUCACUGGUAUUCACUUUUGGGGAAGUGGAAGCAAGCCUGGCGUCAAUCCUGCCGUUGUCCUGCACGGAACUGUUCAUGCCAGAGAAUGGAUUGCUACCAUGGUUGUCGAGUAUUUUGCUUAUACUCUCCUGACAAGCACCGACGCUACAACAAAGAGUUUUCUGAACAAAUAUGACUUUUACGUCUUUCCUGUUGUGAAUGUCGAUGGAUUUCUGUAUACCCAGGCCAGCGACCGUCUGUGGCGCAAGAACCGUCAAACAAACUCUGGAAGCUCAUGUGUCGGCCGUGAUAUCAACCGAAACUGGAAUUACAAGUGGGAUGUUCCUGGAGGCGCAUCCACUGAUCCUUGCGCCGACGAUUACAAGGGCGUUAGUGCGGGCGAUACCGUCGAGUUCAAGGCUCUGUCUUCAUACAUUCAGAAGAUCAAGACUGCCCAAGGCCUCAAGCUAUACAUCGACUAUCACUCCUACUCCCAACUCUUCAUGACUCCCUAUGGAUAUUCCUGCAGCGCCGUCGCUCCCAACAACAACGAGCUGCAGUCUCUCGCAAAGGGCGCCGUUGCCGCCAUCCAGGCCGUCCAUGGAACGUCGUUUGCCUACGGCCCCAUCUGCUCGACCAUCUACCAAGCCACCGGCUCCAGCGUCGACUAUGUCAAUGAUGUUAUCGGAUCGGACUACACCUUUACUUCUGAGCUGAGAGACACUGGCAGAUACGGCUUCGUGCUGCCAGCUAACCAGAUCCAGCCCAGCGGAGAGGAGGCCUAUGCAGGCUUCAAGUAUUUGCUGCAGAACAUGAAAUAGGCGUUGGUGCGCAGGCGUGAUGAAAGACGCAGAAGAGAAGGAUUAAAGUAAAAUAGAUAUAUCAAUUCAGAAGCUCCCUUUUGAGCCUUUUGAGUGAAUCCUGGCAGUUUUUCGUCAGCCCUUGAGAGACUGUGAAACGC